CGCCACCACUCGGCAAGUUAUGCGGCGCGCCAUUUUAAAAGCGAAAAAUACGAUAUUGUAUACAUUUAUAACUGUACUUCCUAACUAGAAAGUAAAAUUACAAGCUUAGCACGUCAUAGGCCUACAUGCCAUGAAAUCAAAUGGACGUACCAACUGUAGGUUUAGUGACACCGGCAGCAAAGCAACAGGAUUAAGGACUAAAACUAAUGUUAAAAAAGGUUCUAAAGAAGCUAGCAGUUAUUCUAAGAAGGGCUUUUCAAAGAAACCAAGCGUCAGUGCUGCUGCAGUCAAGACACACCCAGUUAAGCGGAUAUCAGGGGGUGAUAAUAUUCAAACAAAAACAAAGGGCGAAAGAUCAGCUGAACCUUAUAAAGAGCGGGUGAUUUCCGGUAAAGCCCUAUCCAGGUGGCAUGCAUUGCCCAUAGCCAGCCAGCAACACAUUAUUAAAGUAUUGGAGAAUGUUAUCUGCCUUGUACUUAAUAAUACCAAAGGUGCUGUCUAUGAGGAAGUUCAAACUCACCUGAACCAAUUGAAACUAAGAAUAACCAGAAGUCUGACCAACUUGAAGGUACCACCAGUAAACGAUUACAAGAAACUAGAGGAGCAAUGUAAACUACUGGAGGAAACACUUGUAGAAACAAACAACCAAUCAGAAUGUCUGGACGAAGAAAUUGAGAAAAUGGAAAUGGAGAUUGAGGAAAAGGAGCAAUAUCUAGCUAAUUUAGAGAGAGAAGCCAAUGAAGAAGAAAGCAAUGGUAGAUAUCUUCAUCCAGCUCUGGAGUCUACUUAUUAUACAAAUCAGCUUGGACUGCCCUCAUUGUCAAAUCCAACCUGUUAUUUUGGUGGUAUUCAACAUAUGGAUGAUGAUGUACAGAGAAAGUUGUUGCAGUCUCUUAGCAAAGUGUCUACAAGCAACAGUUCUCAAGAAAUCAGCACUCUGUUAAACCAACUUGGUCCAUAGCAGUGUGAAUAUGUAAUGAUUGAUGAUUUAUUAAUAGUAGAUCGUGAUCAAAUUUCAGGAUGCACCCUCCCUUCCCCAAAACAAUUUAAUAUUCUAGGUCGUCAUAAUGUAUUUCAAUAUGAGUCGUUGAUGGAUAUUCAAUAGAUUUUUCCGCCCCUUAGAUAUUUUUCAUUAUUUUUAUGUAUGUAUCGUAAAUGCUCGAACAAGCGCCACUCAAAUAGAUGCUGCACCAAACAUGAUUUUUUUCGCUUAAUCGAGAGAUAUAUCACCCCUGCGUGUAAUGAAACACUUUGAAAAGCAGGGUUAUAAAUACAAUGUAUACAGUGUUAAAAUGAAUAAAUAACACAAUGAAGACACAACCAUUUCUUUAUACGUUUAUUUACGAUGACGUAGGACCUAUGAUAGACCUACCUAACUACGAGAAAUAGGUAACAUGGAAACGGGCAUGGAAAGUGCCACACCAAUAGUUUUUAUAAGCGCUGCUCUCGAAUAGAUGCCACACUGAAGCCUCCAAAAGUUGUAUAUGUGCCGCAGCGCUUAUUCGAGCAUUUACGGUACAUACAGUACUUGCAUUUGUGCGAUGUUUCUUGCCCGUAGUGAUCGGUCACUUAAUUUAAGUUUGAUUGACACUUAAUUGCAUUUUUUAUUUUUUUAACCAUGGUUGGGGCUGAGGUACAAUAUUUGAUGUCUAGAUGGCCAGAAAUGACACUAAAACUUUGAAUGCAAGUUUCAUCUUCCCAUAUUUAUUUGUUAAUUUAGGGGGCUGGCUGUUCCCCCAUAAAUCUGUCUUCGUUAAGUAAUUUGUAAAUAAAAACCUGUCUGAUAAUUCUUUGUUAUUGUUUCUGUUAAUAUAACUUGGCAAUAUUACUUUACUCAGUCAUAUUGUCGCUUAUCCCACGUAUUGGCACAUACGAUAGAAGUCAUUUUAGAAAAUUUGCAAACACAUUCUUUCAUUGAUUGCUUCAUUCACAAAAUAUCAAGUUUCCGUAUUAUUUAUGAUUCUUCAUCUUUGUAAAAUAUUUUGCAUUGUUAUAUCCUAAAAACAAAACAUUUUUGGCCUGUCCUAUCAGGUGAACAUGUAAUAUUAUUUUUGUUACUUCAACUUGCUGAUGGUUUUAACAUCUCCUGCAUUAAGGGCUUUAGAUUUUCUCAUACUGUUCUUUGUAAUAUAUUUUAUUGAAAUCUAAUAAAAAUGUCUGUGCUAAAAU